AUGGCCACCAACGGUAACUUCGCCCAGCAGGAGCAGCACAAGGCUGCUGAUCCCGCUGUCACUGCUGGUGCCGACGCCAACAAUGCAAACCUCUCAAAGGAUGAAGUCGGCUGGUACUUUGUCGAGCAGUAUUACACAACCCUGAGCAAGUCGCCAGAGAAGCUCCACCUCUUCUACGGCAAACGAUCGCAAUUUGUCUACGGUCGCGAAGCCGAAGUGGCCAACGUCUCUGUUGGACGACAGGCCAUUCAAGAGCGUAUCAAGGCUCUUGACUUCCAGGACUGCAAAGUCCGCGUCUCCAAUGUCGAUUCCCAGGCCUCUUUUGAGAACAUUGUCAUCCAGGUUAUCGGAGAGACGUCCAAUAAGAGCGCCGAACCCAAGAAGUUUGUUCAGACCUUCGUUCUUGCACAACAGCCCUCCGGCUACUUUGUUCUCAAUGACAUCCUGAGAUACAUUGACGAGGAGGAAGAAGAGGAGUCUGCCGAACCCGCCGAUGCUCCUGCCGCCGAGCAGGAGGCUGCUACCCCUGCCGCUCCUGCCGUCGCUGAGCCCGAGCCUGUCAAGGAAGUUGCUAAGGAAGAUCUCAGCAAGUUCGACGCUGAUGCCGUCGACGAGAAGCUCCAGCAGGCUGCUUCUGCUCAGGUUGAUACGCCUGUCAAUGGAGAUGAUGUUGUCGAGACCCCCAAGGCUCCCGAACCCAAGCCCGAGCCCGUUGUUGUGGCCCAGGAAGCCGCUGAGGAGACCACACCCGAGGCUGAGAAGCCCAAGGAGCCCAGCCCAACGCCAGUGGCCAAGAAAGAGACUGCUCCUGAGCCUGUCAUGCCUCCCAAGCCCAUGACCUGGGCCAGCCGAGCUGCUGCCGCCGCUGGGCCUCGACCUGUCGUUCCUCUCCCCAAGACUUCUACUCCUCCAGCCCAGAGCCAGAGUAGAGCUCCCGCUCCAGCUGCUGCUCCAGCUACUGCCACUGCCACUGCCACUGCUCCUGCUCCGGCCGCCGCCGCCGCACCCGCACAGCCUGCCGCGGCGGCUGCUUCUACCACUGAGGCUCCGGCCAAGGAGACAUCGGGAUGGCAGACUGCUGGCAGCGACUCCAAGCGCCAGAACCGCCCUCAGUCCAUCUCCGGAAACGUCACUGAGAAGGAAGGCACCCUUGGCUACGUCAAGUACGUUACCGAGAAGGUUCAGGAAGCUGACUUGCGCAAUGCUCUGGCCGCCCACGGCGAGUUGACCUACUUUGAUAUCAACCGCCAGAAGAACUGCGCUUUCGUGGAGUAUAAGACUGUUGAGGGCUAUCAGGCGGCUGUUGCUGCCAACCCCCAUGUUGUGAACGGAGAGAACAUAGUCGUUGAACCUCGCCGCCCCAAGUCUACUGCCUACGGUGGUAACAACUACGGUUCUGGCCGGGGUAAUGCCCCAGGCGGCCGUGGACGUGGAGGCUUCGAUGGUAACCGCAAUGCACAGGGCAACUCUCGCGGCAACUUCUCUGGCCAGAGCCGUGGUCGAGGAGGCGCUGCCCGUGGACGGGGCGGUGCCCAGGCCAGCGCUGCCUAA